CUCUAACCAAUUCCCCUCAUCCCCCUAAUCCCUCCCUAAUCACUCAAUCAUCACCAUCAAUCAAUCAAAUUAACCAUGAUAAGCCCAAAGAAGCUGAUCAAGAUGGCCAAGAAGUGGCAGAAGAAGAGCAUGAGCUUCAACUCCAGGACCAACUACGAAGGCGUGGACUUCGACAUCGGCAAGUUCAACUCCUCCCCUGUCGCAAACAGGGGACACUUCGUCGUCUACACCGACGACUUCAAGCGAUUCGUCCUCCCGCUAUCUUACCUCGGCGACCGGAAUUUCCAGGACCUGUUUCGGAGAUCCGAGGAAGAGUUCGGCGUCUCCGGCGACGGGCCCAUCAUGGUCCCCUGCGACGCCGCUUUCCUGGAAGACGUCGUCUGGCGGAUCCAAAAGUCAGGGGAUAUCGUCGCUAAAGAUGUUAAUGAUCCGUGGGCAAAUGGGGUUAUUACCGACGGGAAGAAGGGAUCUUUAGCGACCGCUUCGCCGGUUCGUGGCGCCGGAGGGCGGAAGGCGUUUCGUUCAAGGAGCAGCUUACUUUCCUAGAUUGAAGAUCGGAUUAUAUGGUAUAAUAUAUUAAUAUCAAUAUGUUUUACUAAGAAGAGUUUGGAAGCCCAACGAUUAUUGGUAUAUGGUAAUUGUUUUGAGGCUUUUGGGAGGUUCAAUUUUGUUUUUUUCUUUCUUGAGGGAGUAUGUUGUCUAUGAAUUAUUAUGUAGUAAUUAUCAGUGUGUACUUUGAGGUUGUACAUUUUUUUUCAUAUAUAUGUGGAGCUUAUAUAGAGGGCUUUAUUUAUCUCAAAAUAAUAAAAUAUAUCUAUGUGUGUUAUUGUAAAUUUUUAUCUAAUAGUCGAUUCUCAAUAAAUUUUUAUCUAAUAAUAAUCACAGAUUAUUAGUAAAAUACAUUUUGUCGAAUUGUAUGAAAAUGACGUGUAAGCGUGGAAAAUAUAUAUUACUUAAGCAUUUUCUAAUUAGCACAUGUUGUUUGAUAUAUACAUAUAUGAAUCUUAGUAGUUGAUCUAAUUUCCUCUGGCUUUUCGGCUUAAAAAUCUCUUUAUAUUUGAGUAGAAGACGACUUACAUAGAUAGUUCGAUUUUUUUUUUUUGAGGGAUACAUAGAUAGUUCGAUUUGUUUCCAAACUACUGUAGUUUUUUUGGUCUCUCGUUUUGAGCAUCAGCAUAGAUUACACAUUUAAGGAGGAAAAAAUUUAUAUAAUAUUUUAGAUGUUUGUCAUUUCAUGUCACAACAAGUGGUGGAUUUAUGUUCCUGAUUGUUGAGUUCUUUCUUUUGUUAUCAAUAUAUUCCUCAUGGGUAAGUUUACUAAUACGAUUUUACACAACACUACUUAAAUUAGCAUGGUAGAUGCCAACACUUGUGGUCACACUUAGUGACAAUAUUUUGUCUUUCAUAGAAUAUAUUGGAAUGUUACUU